AUGACUGCGAAUGGGUACGUGGUGAGCGUCGCCAAGAGCGUGGAAGCAAACACGGUGCAGGGGCUGCAAGCGCAGCAGCGCGUGCUGGCGCUAGCCCAGAGCCGCGGCGUCGGAAUAGUCCAGAUGAACGGUCAGCGCAUCUACGGCCCGCCCCGCUGCUGGGAAGGCCCGCCGCCCCCGCGCGGCUGCGAGGUUUUCGUCGGGCGGCUGCCGCGCGACGUGUACGAGGACGAGCUGGUGCCCUUCUUCGAACGCGUCGGCACAAUUUACGUGCUGCGGCUUAUGAUGGACUUCAGCGGCACGAACCGCGGCUUCGCCUUCGUGCAGUACACCACUCCGGAGGCGGCCGCGCUCGCAGUUCGCCAGCUCGACGGCUGUCACCUGCGGCCGGGCCACGAGAUCGGCGUCGUCCCAUCCGUGGACAACUGCCGCCUCUUCAUAGGCGGCAUCGCCCAGGACAAGAGCAAGGCCGAGGUCCACGAGCAAUUGGCGCGCAUCGUGGAGGGCGUGGAACGGGUGAUAAUGUACCCAGACGAGGACGGCAAGGCACUGAACCGGGGGUACGCGUUCGUCGAGUUCCGGACGCACAGGUACGCCGCCAUGGCCCGCCGCCGGCUCGUGCAGCUGUGGGGACACAGCAUGGCGGUCGACUGGGCCGAACUGGAGCCGCAGUGCGACGAAGAGGUCAUGAAACAGGUGAAAAUUCUUUAUGUGCGAGGUCUCUCAGCAGCGACAACAGAAUAUGAUAUACGGGCAAUGUUUGAAAGCGUGGCGGAGGAGGGAUGUAUAUCAAGGGUUAAAAAGGUGAAAAACUUUGCCUUUGUCCAUUUUAAAGAUAGAGAGAAUGCUGAAAAAGCAUUGAAGCAUUGGAAUGAGAAGAAGGUACAUGGAUCUGACUUGGAAGUGACUUGGGCAAAACCUGCAGACAAGUUACAAAAAAUUCCAACAGUGAGACGUAAGCAAACAGAAUCUACCAAGCAGAUGUCAAGGGAUUGGUCAAACCUAAGCAAUUUGGUGACUUCCUCAUGCAAAGAUUCAGUGAGAUGUGGACCACAGUCUAUGGUACUUCCCAGUUGUGCCCCUUCUUACGAGCCGGUGAAUUCUGUGUCUGCAAACUAUCCACUGUCACAUGUAAGUUACCAAAAUGUGUCCUGUUCUCCAUUACCAUUGAAGAAAGAUGCUUCAUACCCACUGUACUCUCAGCUCUUCAGCUACUCACAAAGAGAUGUUGUAGGAAAUGGAGCACCUUUAUCAGUCAUUGCUGCUCAGCCUUCUGAUGUGACGACAUUUACACCUGGAACCAUCAUAUCACAUACACCACUGCCAUCACCAUCUAGUUAUUAUUAUGCAUGGUUCUCUCAGAGUGAACAACGCCAGGAUAAACAAUAUCACAACAGCCUUCCAGGGUAUGAACUGAACAACAACAUUUACAUGCCCUCAUAUCAGUACUUCUGAAUGUUAAUUCAGAAUACGUUGAUGAUGGACUGAAGAAAACUGUGAUAAAAAAACUGGCAUUUCUUCCCUGUGGAAGAAUUGGUACCUUAUAUAUGUAGCAGUAUUCAAGUUGUUCAGUAUUUUUGAGAUUGCACUGUUAAGGUAACAUGUCAGAUAGACAGGGUGAACCAAGACACCACUGACAAAAUUUCAGAGGUUUUUAUAUGCCAAAAUACUCAGAUAAUACUCCUGAACAACCUUAACAGUUUUGUCAGUGGGGUUCUGGUUCACCCUGUAUUUUAAUUUGAGACAACAGUUGAAAAUUCAGUGUUUUAUCUAGUUUUUAAUAAUAUUUGUUAACACACUUGAGUCUGAAGUGUAUAUAUAACAAUAACAAACAAAUUAUCAUCGUUUGUUGCUAACUAGAUUGAAUUUGAAACUUCCUGGCCCUGGCAGAUUAAAACUGUGUGCCACACCGAGGCUCGAAUUCAGGACCUUUGCCUUUCACGGGCAAGUGCUCUACCAUCUGAUCUACCCAAGCAUGACUCGUGCCCCCUCCUCACAGCUUUACUUCUGCCAGUACCUCGUCUCCUACCUUCCAACUUUACACAGGUGCUCUCCGCAAUAUCCUUUCUUUCAGGAGUGCUAGUUCUGCAAGGUUUGCAGGAGAGCUUCUGUAAAGUUUGGAAGGUAGGAGACAAGGUACUGGCAGAAGUAAAGCUGUGACGACAGAGCGUGAGUCGUGAUUGGGUAGCUCAGAUGGUAGAGCACUUGCCCGCGAAAGGCAAAGGUCCCGAAUUCUAGUCUCGGUCAGGCACACAGUUUUAAUCUGCCCGGAAGUCUCAUAUCAGCGCACACUCUGCUGCAGAGUGAAAAUCUCAUUCUAGAUUGAAUUUGCUUAUUAUUCCUCAGAAGUCCUCAAUUAGUAGAGUCCUCAAAUUCAUAGUAUUUUUUCACAUCAUCUCGUAUUAGCAUUGUAAUAAUUUGGAAAGAUGUCAUGAACAUGUGAAUGACUUGCAUUUACUAAAAUAAUCAUUGUGUUACUUCAUAAGCAGUAAUUGGUUGAGUUAUGAUUUUUUGAAAUAUGUAACAAGGUUUUAUAUAACAUUAUUGUCUAACGUACUAUGAACUUCAGUUCAUUAGUACAGCAUUUUUCAUGCAUAUAGCUCCAUUGUCAGUCAUUUACCGUGUUCUGUAAGUCUUGUCAAGAGGGAGAGCCUUUGGGAAUGUGGUAUGAGUCAAUGUAUACAUUAACAUGAGACGAAUAUGUCACAAAAACCUAAUCUACUACUUUGAAAAAUAGCUGAUGACCCUUCAUUUUCAUUAUAUACCUGGUUUUAGUAGCUUAAUAUUUAUGUCACUAUUUGAAUUUAUAAAUACAAGAAGCCUUACAUAACUUGUGUAAAAUGUGAGUGUGCGCCAAUAUUUAGUUUAGUGGAAUAAUGACAAUAUUAUGAAAAGAAUAGAUUGCUUCUCACCAUGUAGAGGAGAUGUUAGGUACAGUUCCAUACUUUUAAACAAAUAGUUGCAGUAACAUCAGCAAACACAUACGGAUUAGUUUUCACAUUUUAUGCAAGGUAUUUAGAGCACAUUUAUCAAAGUUACUUACAUUUAAAAAUUCAAAUAAUAAAUGAGUCAGGACUGGGAGUAGACUUUUAGUUUCAAAUCUAACUGGGAUUCAUACCAAGGGUAUGAAUCAAAGCUAAAGGGAGCAUUGUGUGUGCAACACAAUGAUUAUUUUAGAAAAUAUAAGUCAUUCAUGUGUUUGUAAAAUCUUUUCAAAUUACUGCAGUGCUAAUCUGAGUCUAAUAAUAUUGUAAAGAUUUAUUUAAUAAAUUCCUACCAUUUGUCUUGAGUUGGGAGAUGUGAAAACAUUAUUUUGAAUUUGAUGAUAUUAUCAAUUGAGGAACCUUGAGAAAUAAUAAAAAGAAAUUAGUGAAAUUGAAAUAUCUUUAUUUUCCUCUCUUUUUUCCUGUCAUGCUUACAGUCCAGUCUCAAGUGUGUUUAGAAAUAUUGUUGCAGCAUAGUUAAAGAUCAUGCUUUUUGCGAGUUCUCAAAUCCUCUGCCAGAUUAGGUUACUAACGCUACCACAGCAACAAUGUACAACUAUAGACUGUAUAUUUGUAUUUCCACUGAAGAUAUUUUUAAGACUCAUAUAUAUUCGAUGUCAGUGAGCAAAUUGUAUCUCUAUAGCUCUGUAUGUGUAAGUGUUUCGUCUUUUGACAUUAUUGAUUAUUUAUUAUUUUUAUGUUCCUCAAUAUCAACUGAAUGCCUUUCAAGCGAAUAAAAAUAGUUUUUUAAAAAUACUUUUCCUUUAAAAUUUAAAUUAAAAAAGACACGAAUCUGAAAUAUUAUUUUGAACAAAAUAGUUAGAAAUUACUGCCUUUCAUAAAAAGGAAAGUUUAAAGAAAUUAGUGAGGAGAAGUAAUAAAGUGUAAAGAGAAUUGGUUAAGUUCCUGUUAUUACACUAAGUAUUGCUUUUAUUUCAUAUAAUGAUAAGUUUUGUAACAAUUUAAUGUUCAGUAGUUAUAUAAGUCGUCAGCUGCAGUGUCAUAAUGCUGUGGAUAUUUUAUGAAAUGGGAUGACACUUUAAAUCAGCAAUAAUUGGAAAUCUCAGGGACAUAUUUGUUUCAAUGUGCUGGCAAUGCCAUAUUCUUUUGAACCUUAUGACUUAUUAAAGAACUGUUGAAGUAAUUAACAUUCUGGGUUUGUAAUGUUUAUAUUUUAUUUCAUUUUAUAAAAAGUAGCUUGACUUAACAGCAAAUUGUGGCUUGUGUUAUUUUCUGUUUCCAAUUCUAAUAGGAAUAAGUUGUUAAGUGAUUUAAUAACAUAAUGGAGCCACUACUUGUGUGGUCAGGGUGAAAGAACUCCUAUUAAUUUUAAAGAUACAGAUGUGAUUGGUAUCAUUUGUUUUCUAGAAAAUAACAACUCAGAAAAUUUUAGAUUUUACUCUGAAUUAAGCAGUGAAACAGUCCAGUAAAAUCCAUGUUUAUCAAUGAAGUCAUUUCUGACAUUGUUUUAAAAUUUUAUUACUGCUUUUAGAAGGAUAUGAGUAAAGACAAUGUUUUAAAAAUGUUGUACAGUACUUCUGCAUUGUGUUCAUUUAGUAGUAUGACAGCAUUAUGACAUCACAGUAACUUGGAGGCUUCCAAUGUAAUUUGCAUCAUGAGCACACAAUAGUAAGAUUUUUCUUUUAGUAUUCAUUUCAGUCUGCAAGUUUCGUUAAUACUAUAUAUGUAAUAAUGUUGCUAUUGGUAAAUACAAAAUA